UGCCAGAACUGUCGUUCGCCUUACGUCAAUAUUCGUCCAUGCAUUACUCGCGGCUGGCACGGACACAUACGACAGCGCCUGCAAUGCAAACCCGCUAACGACAUUCGACCUGACGAAGAUGAUGAACUGUGGUCUGAACGCCGAUGCGUACGCGAUUUGGAUGCCGCCAACUGAGUGCCCUUACUGUCAACGCGACAGCAUCGACAGAUCGCCAAAAGGCGAGUUUACAUGCUACGCAAAAAACUCGAACGCCGGCUGCAUCAUGACACCUUACACUUACGCUCCAGUCAAUGGUAAACACUACCUCGAGAGGGACAUUGGAAAUGGAAAGAAAUCCAGAUCUCUUAUCUUGGACACUGACAACUGCAACUACCUGGUUCAGGUCGAGUGCUACCCAGAUGGAUCAGAAACCUUGUCGCAGCUGUACGCUGCUGAACACCACCUUCUCGGCUUUUUUACGUCGAGGAAAGUUGGGAAAUGGCAGCGCGAAUGCGGCCACUACUUCUACACGUACUGCGACAGCAUACGCCAGGAGUGGUACCACAAGCCUUCGGCGCACGGCUGCGUGGCCACCGCGAGCGACAGCGUGCACGUGUGCAACCGGGGAGUGAACCGGUUCGUCAACCUGGAGUCUUGCUUCGCCAGCUGCGUGCACGGUGACCGCAAGCCGGACCAAUGCUUCGAGAGGUCCCUCUUCACCGGGUGUGACAGGGAGGACGUGGUGGAGACCUGGUGGUUCUUCGACGGCCUCCGCUGCCUCCGCUGGAACUUCCCGCUGGGCAACUGCCCCUCGGAGCAGAGCCGCGUGUUCCAUACGCACGAGCAAUGCGCACUGGAGUGCAUGCCGGACUGGGAAGCGAAGCGGCCUCGCAACAACGUCACCGGCAGCGCGGCCGUGCAGCCGAGUCGUCGUCGCUGCGAGGCCCCCGUCGCAGCGACGUGCAGUCCGAGGCAGCUAAGGUACCCUUACUUCGCGGACAUGCACGCCGAAGGCAGUGCCCGCUGCGUCAGGGCUUCGGCGGGGAAUCUGCUGACCCGCCGGUGCUUGGUCGGCUCGAACCGGUUCGCAUCGCUGUCUACCUGCAGCCGGUUCUGCGCUACUCGGCGGCCGGCGACAUGAACGGCUCCGAGCCUUUGAUAUCUGAAUUUGAAUGACGUUUCA